UGGUAUAUGUGUUUAGGAUAGGAACUGUGACGUCAGAGCGAUUCAAAAUGGCGGAUGGUGUUUUGGCCCGUACGUGUCAGAAAUUAUGCCUUAGCUUUGCGUCUUCUUUAUACACCACCCGCAUAGCCUUCUAAAUAUUGUAUUCGUUCAGUGCAUUAGGACUUGAUAGAGCCUCUAUUUUUUUACUAUAGACUAGUUUUGUGACAGUGAAUGUAAUUGCAAAGAAUUGUUUUGUGUAAAGCUUGGUUUGGAAGCUAUAUAUCGCGUCGGGGUGCGUUUUUGGGCGAAGCCGGACGUGACUCGCAGCGAUAAGUGAUUGGAGUGUUAACAGAAUUUUCCUGAUGUGUUGACUACAAAACCCCCUUGCAUUCUAUCUUCAACCUCCUGCAUGGGCUAGGUGAAAAUGUCACUCUUCAAUUUUGGAAGAAAGGUCAAGAAGGUCCUACACAUUGGGGGGACCGGUGGUGAAGCCAAGAAAAAGAGAUUCUACAACAACAUCAAAAUCAACAUCAACCCUGAAGAAAUCUGGGAGAUUGUGAACGAGCUUGGAGAUGGUGCUUUCGGGAAAGUGUACAAGGCCUUGCACCGGGAGAAGAAAAUUUACGCUGCUGCUAAAAUCUGCAAGCUUGAAGGAGAAAAUGACCUCAACGAUUUCAUGGUCGAAAUUGACAUUCUCACAGAGUGCAGCCAUUUCAAUGUGGUUGGCAUGCACGAGGCAUACUAUUGGGAUGGCAAACUGUGGAUGCUGAUAGAGUACUGUGAUGGAGGCGCCCUGGAUUCAAUCAUGGUGGAUCUCGACAAACCAUUGACUGAGCCUCAAAUUGCCUAUGUUUGCCAACAUAUGGUCAGAGGACUCGAGUAUCUACACAAAAUGCACAUCAUUCAUAGAGACUUGAAGGCGGGGAAUGUUUUGCUGACCAUUGAUGGUGGAGUGAAGCUGGCUGAUUUCGGUGUUUCUGCCAAGAACAAACACACCCUACAGAAGCACGACACCUUCAUUGGCACUCCCUAUUGGAUGGCACCUGAAGUGGUCUCGUGCGAAACAUUCCGUGAUAACCCUUACGACUACAAAGUAGAUAUCUGGUCUCUAGGUGUCACCUUGAUUGAAUUGGCACAAAUGGAACCGCCUAAUCAUGACUUGACUCCAAUGAGAGUGCUUCUCAAGAUCCAAAAGUCUGACCCACCCCGACUCGAUUGUCCAUCCCGGUGGUCGAGAGAGUUUAACGAUUUCCUGUCCAAGUGCCUGGUAAAAGACCCGACACAACGGCCCACAGCUACGGAAUUGCUUCGACAUCCGUUCAUUGCUUGUACUCUCGAUUCGAAGAACAUCAAGGACUUGCUGAUCGAGUACAAGGCUGAAGUAGUCGAAGAAGAGGACGUUGAUGUUGAUGAUACACAUGCAACCGAAUCCAACGAUGGUGAUACUAUCUCAGUUCUAAGUGAAGCCGAUAGCCGUAAAACUUCCGUCGUCACCCCUGAUGGACCUCCUAAAAAGCAUUUAAAAGGCCCUGCGCCGCCUCCGCCAGUCUUCCAAUCGCCGGAACCCGUACCAUCACCACCACCACCACAACAACAACCCCAGCCAGUAUCUAGCCCGAGCAAACGUCCUGUAUCCCCUGUAUCUGAUCCCACACCGCCACCUGAUUAUGAGGAGGCCCCUACAACUUCUCCAAUCUAUGACAAUGUCGCCCAAAAACCUUCUACGCCUCCGCCCAGCGUCACGGUCACUGUAACUAGUCCAGUCGUCCAGGUCGGCCCGGACGCCAAGCCGCCAGCGACGCUACAGCAGACUGAACAAUUGAGCAUCAACUUUGACGGCUGCGAAUCCUCGACGGAUGAUUCACUUCCCUACGAAACCCAAGCCAACCCACCUGUUGAGCGUUUCGUGAGCGUCGUGAGCGUCGUCAACGUCACAGAGGACAAAGCAGAAACCGACGAGGAGAGUCAAAUGAUUGGCCAGAAACUUGACGAAUCCGAAGUGCUCAUCCUCAACACUUCCAGCGUCGUGUCCAAUGGUGUCCCACUUGAAAUUGAGUCGAAGAAUGACGACAACAACGAAACCCCCCAAACAGUCAAGCCGGACGAACCGGAACAGCAAAGCAACGAAGCAGCGGACGAGCAAGACGGCCGGCAAAGCAAUAACAACGCCGUUUUGGAAUCCCGUAGCGAUGUUUCUUGUAAUUUGUCUCAGGUAUCCAGCCUUUCACGAUCCAGCUCUGGCAGCGACCGUAGCAGUUUGUCAGAAAGUCGAGAAGACACUUCCGUAAUUCACACUUCCAUCACUGUCGAAGCAAAUUUUCCAGGCACCACACAAGAAGCAACAGACGAUGACUCUUUUGUCCAGUCGGAUGUCGUGUCGUCGUCUGAAAUUGUUCCGGCAUUGCCGCCCAAGGAACGAUCGCCACCCAAGGAACGAUCGCGAUCACCAAGUCCCCAGAUUGAGAAAACCGAUCCAGUCAAAGAAGUCGAAGAGGAAGAAGAAGACGACGAGUCGAUUUUGAGUCCUAACCGGAAGGUGAAGGGCGACGCAACGGGUGAUUCCGGAACCGGGACUGGAGGAACCAGUAUCCCCAGCACGCCCGAUUCCGUCUUCCUCGAACGGACUCUGGAUCGUUCCGAUAUCGAAAGCACAUCCGGGACUGGAACGACGGGAAGCCGCAGUAGCCGGAAGAGCGAUUCCGUCAUUGACGUCGAAGACAACGAAGUAGUUUUGCGCUCCAAGCCAUCCUCUGGUCGUAGUUUGAGCACAGUCAGCAACGGCACGACGAUCAAUUCCGAAGCGGACACCACGUCUGAACGUGAACCGACUCCAGUGCGGCGUGCUCCUCGGACGAAAGAAGAGAUUGAAUUGAGUAAUCUAAAGAAGAAAACCCGUAAGCGAACACGACGUUUCGAAGUGGACGGUGUCGUCGUUACCACGACCACCAACAAGGUAUUCUACGCCGACGAAAACGACGGCCGCAUCUACGACGAGCACUUGCUGAGGAAGCAGGAGCUUCGCGAACUGAAAAUGCUCCAGAAAGCGGAGCAAAAGCAAUUUCAAGACUUGACGAUCAAAGCUCAAGUGGCCCGUGAUCAACAGGAGAGACGCUUCGACCAGGAGACGACCAGUUUGUUGCGAGGAUACGACACGGAGCUGGAGACGAUGACCCGGUCGCAGAAGCAGCAAGUGGAACGUGCCGAACAGCAGCAGGAUUCUGAUCUUCGCAUUUCGUCGAAGAAGAUCCGCUCGGAGCAGGAGCGCGAAUUGAAACUGUUCCGCGAAGGAUUGAAACAGGAAGUGAGGCUGUUGAAACAAGAGUCGGACCUGCUGCCCAAAGACCAGCGCAAGACGGCCUUCCGUAUUAAACGCCAGCAGCAAGAAGUGGAGCAGUCGGACAGGGAGCGCUCCUUCCUGGACAGUUUGAAUCAAAGCCACGAAAUGUCGCUUCGUCGCCUGAGUGACGGCCACCGCGAGAAAAUCGCUCUGCUGGAACGGCAAUUUUUGCAGCAGAAACAGCAGCUGCUCCGCUCCCGCGAGUCAGCCGUGUGGGAACUGGAAGAACGGCAGCUGCAUGAACGCCACCAACUGGCCAGGAGGCAACUCAAGGAGAUAUUUUUCCUUCAACGGCAUCAAAUGCUUGUCCGUCACGAGAAAGAACUGGAACAAAUCCGACGGUUCCAAACCCGCAAAGAGGAGGAUCUUUUGAAGCGACAGGCGAUCGAAAGGCGGGCGCUACCUAAGCGGAUCCGAGUGGAAAUGAAAGCCCGUGAAAUGAUGUUUAGAGAAUCGAUGCGCAUCUCAGUCAACGCCGCCAGUUUACCCAGCGGAUUGGCUUCCCUGGCUGGUGCCUUGAACUUCCCCGAUACUCCGGAUAACGAGCGCGAUAAAUUGCGCAAGUUCCAGGAGCAGGAGAAGAAGCGCUACAAAGCCGAAGAGCAGCGCUGCGAGUUGAAACAUCGCCGGCAGUUGGAAGAACUUCGUGCAGCAGCCGAUUCUUCCGUCAAAGAAUUGGAGCAACUGCAGAACGAGAAACGUAAAAUGUUGAUGGAACACGAAACGAUGAAACUCAAAUCGCAGGAUGACGAGUACCAGUCGGAAUUACGCGAAUGGCGGGCCAAGUUGAAGCCCCGCAAGCAGAAGCUGGAAGAUGAUUUCGCUUUGCAACUGGAAGAUCAGGAGAAAUUUUACGGCCAUUACCUGGCCCAGGCGAUACCACCGUUGUCUCCGCACGAGCUGACACCUGAUACGGAAUCCUCACAUCAUUCUCGACGACACAGCUCUCAGCGAAGCACGAGCUCGAGCGUUUCCUCCGUCUCGGCAGACGGCUCGUAAAUUAUCAAAGCUUCUUAUAAAAACUGUUUAUUCAUCCCACCCCCCUUUACCCGAAAUACCUAGAGUUACGCGACAGUUUUUGCCCACCAUCCCCACACACACACACACUUUAAAAGCCAGUUUUUUCGCUCUAUCCAAAUUUUUUUUUUCCUUUUUUUAAAACUAAAUUUAAUUUAAAAGAAAACCUUUCAGCUCAACGAUUCAUCACCCCUUCCCCUCCCUCCACUAUAAUUUACAGAUGAAAAUAAUAAUAAUAAUUCUAAAGGGUGUGACUUUUUGAUUCCUAGUUUCGUGGGAAAUGGGCUAGCUCUUCUAUCGAUGCCCAACAUACACAACAAACGACACAUGCAAUAAGAAAUAUAAUGACCUAGUUAAUAACGUACUAACAAAUACAUUUUCGUCUUUUUUUGUUUUUGCAAUUCGGGUCGAGCCACGAGAAAAAUAAGAAUUAACUUUGUGAUUCAUUCAACGCAAAUUGAAAAAAAAAAAAAAUAAUUAUCUAACUUUUAACGUUUUUCUUUUUGUUUGCGUCCACAGAGUCAUACAAAGGUAUCAAAGUUGAACUGGAUUUUUUCUCUUUUUUUUCAUUUUGUGUUUAUUCUAUUAAAAAACAAAUAUUUGUUUUUCCUUUUCAUUUUGUCCUUUUUUAUUUUGUCCCCUCUCAAGUGAAAAAAUGUGCAUGUUGCUUAGGAACUAUAUAACUUGAAUUUUCCCCUCUUUCCAGGGCUGACUAAUAUAAACUUGCUUUGUCUUAAAAAAAACAUAUUUCUUUCCUCCCCCCAAAUCUUUCCCUUGCUGAUUCCUCUUUAAUCUUCGUCCGUGUGCCUUUUCUAUUGUACAGUAGGAUAUGUCGGCGCUCUGCUAUAUUAAACGGCUUUCAAUCUAUA